AUGUCUCGACGCGCUACGCCGAGCCAGGCUGCUCAGAACCAGCAGACCAUUAAGAGUCUGCUGAAACUUGAGACCAACAAGAUAUGUGCCGACUGCAAGCGCAACAAGCACCCGCGAUGGGCAUCUUGGAACUUGGGUAUUUUCAUUUGCAUUCGUUGCUCCGGCAUCCAUCGGGGUAUGGGCACACACAUUAGUCGGGUCAAGUCGGUUGAUCUUGAUACAUGGACCGAUGAACAACUCCAGAGUGUGUUGAAAUGGGGCAAUGCGAGAGCCAACAGAUACUGGGAAGCGAAACUGGCGCCCGGCCACGUCCCCUCGGAAGCUAAGAUCGAAAACUUUAUUCGAACCAAGUACGAUACCAAGCGCUGGGUCAUGGAUGGUGGCAUGCCCGACCCCUCGACCCUGGAUGAUGGCGACGAUGAUGUUCCUCUUGCGGUUGUACAGGAGAAGGCAAAGAUCGAACGUUCCUCUUCGCAACCAAUGGCACCCCCUCCCCAAACCGCACGCCAACCCGCACGCCAACAAGCCCCGUUCGAUCUGUUCGGUGACGACCCGAUUGCUCCUCCUGCUCGCCCUAGCACGACCGACCCGAAUCCUCGCGCUCCCGUAAGACAAUCACAGCCCGCACAGCCGAAGGCUCAGAAGCCGGGUGAUUCCUUGCUUGGUCUCGAUUUCUUUGGCAGCACCCAGCCGUCGACCGGCAGCCGCCCGUCAAGCACCGUAUCUACACCCGCCGCACCAACUGGCAUGUCUCGUCCAGACCUGAAACAAUCAAUUCUGUCCUUGUACUCGAAGCCUCAGCCCCAGGCCGCCCCCGUCCAGCACAGGCGGGACAACUCCUUCGGAGAUAUGGCCUCUCCGACUGCCCCCUCCGCGUCCUCGAACAUAGGCAGCAUGACUGAUGCGUUCAGUGGCCUAACCUUCCCAUCAACCACAUCUCCAGCUCCGGUCAAGCCGGCCGAGAAGCCUUCUCCGUUUGCCAACCUCACCAACUUCGGUGGUGCCAAGUCGACCCCGGCAGCUCCCAGGGUCACGUCGCCUUCCGGUUCGGCCAGUGGUGACCUAUUUGAUAGUCUGACCUCUCCUACAAUGUCUGCGCAGAAGCCGUCACGAAACACCUCCAUAUCCUCGCAAAGCCAGGACUUCGGUUUCGGCGGUUUUGCCUCUCCUCCCCCUCAGCUGAAGCCCAACCCUCCUUCUUCAUCCCUCUCCAAUGACCUUUUCGGUCUCUCUUCCCCGCCUCCUCCGCCUGUGUCACCACCGAAGUCAACCGUGACCUCUCCGCAGCACGAAAUGAGCUCUGCAUUCAACCUCUCCAGCCCUUCGUUGCAGCCUAAGCCUGCCACAUCCCCCAAGCCCCAAGUACCGGCUGCGACCACCGCUGCCGCCAAUGCCAUGUCAGCUAGCAUGGAUCCCUGGGGUGGCAAUGCAUGGAACACUCCCGACGCGGCCCCUUCUCCUGCACCGCCUGCGCUUGCGCCCUCCAGCACAGCGUCCAUGAUGAAGGUCCCUGAUACCCUGACCCCCAAUGACAUUGGAGGUGGUUGGGGUGCUCCGGCCGCUCCGCCCAAGCCCACUCCCACUGUGGCUGCCGAUGAGGACUUUGGCGGCUGGACUAGUGCUGCUCCCGUUUCGUCGGGAACUACUACAACUAGCUCAACCAAGCCGGCUGGCGGGUUUGGUGGAGCUGACGACCUCUUCUCUAACGUUUGGGAGUAG